AUGAUCUUGGCAAACGCCUUCUGCAUCGUCCUCUUCGUAGACGAGAUGCUGCACUCACUGGCCGGGCCGCCCCCGGUGGUGCCCGUGGACUGCAUUUUCCCCAUCUACCCUAUCUGGGGCGCUCCUUCAUGUCAACGCUCACCUUCCUCCCUAACCGUGCCCUCCUCUCGCUCCCUCCCCGUCCCAGACGAGAUGCUGCGCUCGCUGGCCGGGCCGCCCCCGGCGGUGCCCGUGGACUGCGUUCGAGCCACGGAGCUGUGCGUGGCGGACCCGGGCUGCAGCUCCCGGUACCGCACCCUGCGGCAGUGCCUGGCCGGGCGCGACAGGAACACGCUGCUGGCCAACCGCGAGUGCCAGCUGGCCCUGGGCGUGCUGCAGGAGAGCCCCCUGGAGCGCUGCCGCUGCAAGAGGGGCAUGAAGAAGGAGCUGCAGUGCCUGCAGAUCUACUGGAGCAUCCACCUGGGGCUGGCAGAAGGAGAGGAGUUUUAUGAAGCCUCCCCGUACGAGCCGGUCACCUCUCGUCUCUCUGAUAUAUUCAGACUCGCUUCAAUUUUCUCAGGAAUGGACCCGGCCACCACCUCCAAGAGCAACCACUGCCUGGACGCGGCCAAGGCCUGCAACCUCAACGACAACUGCAAGCGCCUGCGCUCGGGCUACAUCUCCACCUGCAGCCGGGAGCUGUCGGCCACCGAGCCCUGCAACCGCCGCAAGUGCCACAAGGCCCUGCGCCAGUUCUUCGACCGCGUGCCCGGCGAGUUCACCUUCCGCCUGCUCUUCUGCUCCUGCAAGGACCCAGCGUGCGCCGAGCGCCGCCGCCAGACCAUCGUGCCCUCCUGCUCCUACGAGGACAAGGAGAAGCCCAACUGCCUGGACCUGCGCGGCGCCUGCCGGGCGGAUCACCUGUGCAGAUCCCGGCUGGCCGAUUUCCACACCAACUGCCAGGCCACCUUCCAGUCCCUGACCAACUGUCCUGGGGACAACUUCCAGGCGUGCCUGGGCUCCUACGCAGGGCUCAUCGGCUUUGACAUCACCCCCAACUACGUGGACGCCAGCACCACCAGCAUCACCAUCUCGCCCUGGUGCUCCUGCAAAGGCAGCGGGAAUAUGGAGGAGGAGUGCGAGAAAUUCCUGCGGGAUUUCACGGAAAAUCCCUGUCUCCGAAACGCCAUCCAAGCGUUUGGGAACGGCACCGACGUGAACCUGGCUCCCAAAAUUCCCAAUCCCGCCGUGACGGCGCUGCCGAAGGCGGAGAAGAGCCCGGUGCUGCCGGACGAUGUCAACGACAGCAACACCGCCUACGACACGAGCGUCAUCAGCACCUGCACCUCCCUCCAGGAACAAGGCCUGAAGCCCAACCAAUCCAAGGAGCAGAGCUUGUGCUACUCCCAGGCCCAGCUGACCACGGAUGUGAUGCCGGACCAGAAGACUUUCAUGGAUCCCAAGGCGGGAAGCAGCCGGCAGCGGGAGAGCCGGAUCCUGCUCCUCAUUCCCAUCCUGAUCCCAGUGCUGGGGCUAUAGAGGGGCGGGAAGGAGCGGCCGGUGGGACGGGGACGCUCGGACCAGUGCCACCAGUGCCCAC